CAGUAGGUACUGAAUUACUUGCAACAUACAGAAAUACUGUCAGGUUAAUAGGUCUAUAGGUAAAAAUAGAAAAGUCAUGACCCCAAAGAUGUCACAGCAAGCCUCCAAGAAGGGCGCGAAGAAAAUCAUUAAGAAGGCGCCAGCAAAGGGCAACAGGAAGAGGAAAAGGUCCAGGAGAGAAAGCUACUCCAUCUACAUCUACAAAGUGAUGAAGCAGGUUCACCCCGACACCGGCAUCUCCUCCAAGGCCAUGAGCAUCAUGAACUCGUUCGUCAACGAUAUUUUCGAGCGCAUUGCGGGGGAGGCUUCCCGCCUGGCCCAUUACAACAAGCGCAGCACCAUCAGCUCCCGGGAGAUCCAGACCGCCGUGCGGCUGCUGCUGCCCGGGGAGCUGGCCAAGCACGCCGUGUCGGAGGGCACAAAGGCGGUGACCAAGUACACCAGCUCCAAGUGAAGGACC